CCUGUGUGGCAUUUAUACCAAUUGUCACAAGAUGUCGCUACCCACUGAAAAUCAAAAUACUCUUUUCAGGCAAAGAUCAAAGCCCCUCCCAGCAAUUCAGAAAGAACAAGAGACUGCAAGAAGCUCGGGGUGAUGGCAUGGAUACUGCAGCAUAACAAUUGCCUAUUUCCCACCAUUUUAUGCUGACGCUGGAGAGUGGAUUAAUUUUUUUCCAAAGCAGGAGUAAAACCUACCGUUACAAUGUCUUUGAACCAAUGCCCCCUGGUGAAGAGCUGGCUGCUGCAGCUGAUUCUAAUCCACAGAGUCUGGGAAAUGGGGAGUGGGCAGCUCCAUUACUCUGUCCUGGAAGAAUCCCAGCAUGGCACCUUUGUGGGCCGCAUUGCCCAGGAUCUGGGGCUGCAGGUGGAGGAGCUUAUGCCUCGGAUGUUCCGGAUGAUAUCUCAAGGCCAUGAGGACCUCUUAGAGGUAAAUGUCCAAAAUGGAAUUUUAUUUGUUAAUUCCAGGAUAGAUCGAGAGGAGAUGUGCGCCAAGAUCCUUGAAUGCAUGAUUCACCUGGAGGUGAUCCUGGAUAAACCAUUGAGAGUCUUUCAUGUGGAAGUAGAGAUCAAGGAUAUCAAUGACAAUGCUCCUAUAUUCCCAGCUGCUGGGCAAAACCUGAUUGUUCCUGAAUCUAGACUUUCAGGUUCAUCCUUCCCACUAGAGGGAGCUUCUGAUGACGAUAUCGGUUCAAACUCUCAUCUCAGCUACAAACUCAGUCCCAGUGAGUAUUUCACCUUGGAUGUUCAAAACAAUGAGAAGCAUGGUGAGUCUUUAGUUCUUGUGUUAAAGAAACCUCUUGAUCGAGAAUUAACUCACGUAUACAAUUUGUUGCUUACGGCCACUGAUGGAGGAAAACCAGAGCAAACUGGCACAGCCCAGUUGCUAAUCAGUGUGCUGGAUACAAAUGAUAAUGCACCAGUUUUUAAUCAGUCUGUGUAUCAAGUUAAAGUUUUUGAAAAUGCAAAAAUAGGAACAUUAAUAAUCUGUCUCAAUGCAACAGAUCUCGAUGAAGGAAUUAACAAAGACAUUAUAUAUUCAAUUCGAAGUGUUAACCCACAGAAUUUAGGUGCACUGAUUAGUUUAGAUUCAAGCAAUGGACAAAUCAUAUUAAAUGGAGAACUUGAUUUUGAAAGCAUUAAACUAGGUGAAAUUGGGGUAGAAGCAACAGACAAAGGCUCCCCACCAAUGAAAGGACAUUGUAAAGUCCUGAUUGAGGUCUUGGAUGUCAACGACAAUGCUCCUGAGAUAUCAGUCUCAUCACUGUCAGUGCCAGUGCCAGAGGACUCCCCACUAGGGACAGUGGUGGCCCUGCUCAGCAUUUCUGACAGAGACGUUGGUGCCAAUGGACAAGUAAGCUGCUCCUUGUGGCCACCUGGGCUCCCCUUCAAACUGAUGUCCAACUUCAAGAAUUAUUAUUCACUGGUGAUAGCUCAGCCUCUGGAUCGGGAGAAAGUAGCUGAAUAUAGACUGAUGGUGAUGGCACAAGAUCAAGGGGAGCCAUUGCUGUCAACCAGCAGUAGUCUGGUUGUGCCCAUCAGUGAUGUAAAUGACAAUGCACCUACAUUUGCACAACCCUCCUACAUGGUCUUUGUGAAGGAGAACAACCCACCGGGUGCUCACAUCUUCACUGUGUCUGCCUCAGACCUAGAUGUGGCUGAGAAUGCUCUGGUCAGCUACUGGAUGGAUGACAAGCUUUGGCCCCUGACAAGCUACAUCUCGGUGCACUCAGAGAGUGGGAAGGUCUAUGCCUUGCAGCCCUUGGACUAUGAGGAGCUGAAGCUGCUGGAGUUCCAAGUGAGGGCCAAGGAUGCUGGGCUGCCCUCCUUGUGUGGAAAUGUGACUAUUCAGGUCUUUGUGGUGGAUGAGAAUGACAACGCACCAGCAGUGUCUGAGCCAGAGGAGGCUCCCAUCUUGCUGGCAGUCCCACUAGAAGCUGGACAUGUAGUGGGCAAGAUCCGUGCCUUGGAUGCUGACUCAGGCUACAAUGCAUGGCUGCGCUAUGAAUUGCACGAUGCGAAAAGUGGCCCUUGGCGCGUUGGGUUAUACAGUGGUGAGAUCAGUUCAACCCAAGCCCUGGAUGAGACAGAAGGUGGCAGCAGCCAGAAUCUGCUGAUAGUAGUGAAGGAUCAUGGCAAACCAGUGUUGUCAGCCACAGUCACAUUCAGUGUAUCACUGAUAUCAAGUGCUCAGGCUGUUCACACUGAUGCCCGGCUUCCCAUGUUGGGAGUGAACUCAGGAUCCUUGGCGGACAAUUCCAAUAUCUACCUGAUCAUCGCUAUUUGCUCAGUUUCCACAUUGUUUCUGCUGGCAAUCAUUGUGUAUAUGGCUCUGCGAUGCCAGUGUCAACCCAAGGAAGCAGUGGUGUAUGGCCCUGGCACAGCCACAUUGGUUUGUGCCAGCGAAGUGGGCAGCUGGUCCUAUUCAAAUCGCCACAGCCAUAUCCUGGCAGCUGCAACUGGGGAGGCUGGUGCCAAGAAUGACCUCAUGGUUUUUACCCCCAACAUACCUAUCUUUUCAGAGAAUGGGGAACUGCAGAAUGGAAAGGAGCUGGUCCCAAAUAUAUCUGGGCAGCCAAAACCACCCAAUCCUGACUGGCGUUAUUCUGCAUCUUUAAGAGCUGGAAUGCAAGGUGCUGUACACAUGGAGGAAGCAGGAGGAUUACGUGUGGGACCUGGAGGACCUGAGCAACAGUGGCCAACAGUAUCCAGUGCAACAACAGAACCAGAGGCUGGCGAGGUGUCCCCUCCAGUGGGAGCUGGCGUGAACAGCAACAGUUGGACCUUUAAAUAUGGACCUGGCAACUCCAAGCAGCCUGGUCCCGGUGAGUUGCCCGACAAAUUCAUUAUCCCAGGAUCUCCUGCAAUCAUCUCCAUCCGCCAGGACCCGCCAAACAGCCAAACUGACAAAAGUGACUUCAUAACCUUUGGCAAGAAGGAGGAGAGCAAGAAAAAGAAGAAAAAGAAGAAGGGGAAUAAAGCUCAGGAGAAAAAAGAAAAGGGCAACAGCACUACUGACAACAGUGACCAGUGAGGGGUUUAUACUGAACAAUCUACUUAGCCAAUUUUUGUAAUCUUGGAAGAUCUCUCCUAUGUAGCAACUCCCAACUUCUUCCUACUGUUAGCCAAUUUCCUGUAUGUGCAAGACUUCAGAAAUCCACAGGGAAUUCACAAUGUCUGUCUAGAUUGCUUAACAGUUUUGUCUUGAAAGCUUUAUUAAGCCUGGUGUUAACUCUUUCUCUCCACUCUGGCUUGUUUUCAGAAUCUAAAAAGCAGACACAAGUUUCUUUUCUCCUACGCUGAAAAGGAGACUCUUCACAAUACAGCCAGUGCGAGGUUGGACUCUUUGCAUUGUGGUUCCUGUGAUCCUGUCCUGAUGAUACUUACGGGGUGGGUGG